AUGCAGAAGGAACUGGAGGAGCUUCACAGGCGGCUUUUCAAAGCUAAAGCACGCGCAGAGCGGACUAUGGCCGUUCUAAUAGCUGGGGUCCCAGGAUCUGGAAAGACUCAAUUAGCACGCCAGUACGUUUUUACACAGCGUGAGUGCUACACGGGUGGCAUAUUCUGGAUUGAUGCAAAAUCUCGUGAGUCCGCGUAUAAGUGCUUCUGGGAGAUUGCUCAAGCCGCCACCCUUGUGGACCAUAAAGAGGCCGAAGAUCCAAAUUACCAGGAGUCGCGUACAUACGUGAACGCCGUUCGGAAUUGGCUUCAAUCACGGAAUGAAUGGUUGUUAAUUUUUGAUGGAAUCACGUUUGACCACGAUGACGAUAUUAACGAUUUUCGGCCGUUUUUGCCGUGGAAUAAAAGGUGCAGUAUCAUUUAUACUUCCAUCGAUGCCACACUACGGAAGAAGCAGCGCUUGUUUGAACCAUACUGCCUUUCUAUGCCUCGAUUAAAAGUCGAAGAUGCCUGCAGGCUUCUUUACAAGGAUCUCGGGAUCAGAAGACCUACCCCAGAUCAAGCUUCCAAGGCUACAGAACUGGUUGAACAUUAUGAAUGCCUUCCUCUCGCGAUUCAUGCUAUAGGCCACCGUCUCAAUGCGACGGGAAAACCGAUUGAAAGAUAUCGAGUCAAGCAUCAAGUGACAGACAAGAAGCUGGCCGAGCCGUUUCUGUGCAUCAUGAACGAUCUAUAUCGCUUAAAGCAGCGGGAGGCGUUGAACCUGAUCAAUCUGCUCUCCUUUCUCGGUCACCAUGUUCCUGUCGGCCUCCUUGUUCUUGGAAGAUCAAUCAUGACUAUGGAGAAUGCAGAGAUCUUAUCUAGCGCUCAAUCCGGGGAGGACCCUGACCUUGAUACCACCCUGGGCACCUUGAUCCAUUAUGGCUUGGUCGAGCGGACAUCAGACGCGGAUAUGUUCCAGCAAUCGGCACAGAAUUCGAGUGACGAAAUGCACGUCGAACAGAAAGUGACUCCUCAGUUGACGGAUUCGUUCACGGAAAGUAGCCAGGAUGGAUUCUUCUCCAUUUACCGAGGUAAUUCGGUAGUGGAUGUGGUCAAGAUCCACAGCGUCGUGCAGGGCUUCUGUCGUGAUGAGCUAAAAAUCAAGGAUGAAGAGUAUAAGGAUCUGCAGAACCCAGGGUUUUAUGACUCCUGGCUCAUCGUUGCUACUCGCUUCCUCUGCAAAUCUUACGAGAUGGCCAAGGAGAGAAUGGCUCAUUAUCAUGACUGCGGACUCGUCCGGGACUAUCGCGAAUACGAGACUCAUGCAUCUCGCCUGGCGGAGCUCUUCCCCAAGAAACCGGCAAUUGGGAAUCACCCACACGUCAUUCGUGAAGCACGCGAGAGUUUGCGACAAUUGAUGAAAAGUAUCAGCAGCGAGAUUGAUCGCAUGUCCCCGAGCUCUUCGCAAGAGUCGGCUCGUAACCAAAAGUCCGUCUUUGACCGUUCGAGCAGCUCCUCAUCGUCAUUCCCUGAUUCGUCAGCCGACGAAGGUGGCCUCUCACGCCAGUCUACCUGGAACUGGACCGAGUCCGGGUCUCGUGCAGAAUCACCAGAGCAAAUGAUGGGUCCCCCUCGAUUUAAAUUGGAGCUCUUUCCUCCUCAUAUAUUCCGACAAGCUGGUUCUGAGUCGGAGGACGGCUAUGAGACGGACGGCGAAGCAAAGGAAGCACCUCGUAUUUCCCCGGCACUCUCGCAGAUGAGUCAAGCCACAGAGAGACCGAAACAGUCUCCUCCCUCAUCGAGUCCACCUGUUCCUCGCGAGGAUACGCAUGACUGGCAGCUUGUUGAGCGGCACUUCAAAACCCGUUCAACGGGACCAAGGCAACCGAACAGGCGGCCACGAGGGCCUGGUCGAUUUCGAGGCGCCAAGCCAGAUACCCCAUUGGUAAAGGUCUCUCCAAUCGAAGGACGAGGAUCAUCUAGUCGCGUGUCCUCGGGUCAGAGUGAAAGCUCUUCGAUUUUGUCUUCCGCGGCUGAAGCAGCAUUGGCUGCCGUUCGCCGGAUCAGUGGUGGCCAGACGGGCUCAAGCUCAGAUAACGUGAGCUCAUCUUCUUCAAACACCCCUCCUUCCUCCAACCAGGAGAAUGUGCCAACAUACGCGAGCAUCGCCGCGAGGCGGAUCCUAGAAGCAAAUGAGGCUCAGAUGAGACGCCCAGCAUCUAUCCCAGCAGCUCCCUGGGGCCCAGAGAUUAUCUCGGGGCUACAGAUGAAGCCUUCCGUGGAAUCUCUAGACAGCCAGGCAAGCCGUGUCUUUGCAUCUCCACUAUCCCAUGAGAUAAUGUCUCACGACCUAAUAUCUCACGAGAUAAUCGCCGAGCCAUUGACUCGAUCAACUUACAGUGACCCAGGCCGAGAGUAUUUGGGACACUCGCUUGGAGCAUUGGAUCUGCAUACUGCCCCUACCUCGCAGAUAAACUCUCGUCGUCCUUCCAUACAGGCUAACAUUGAGCCUAUUAUCCGAGACUUGUCUGCGAGCACUCCUUUGUUCCCAUAUGGAAUUCCCAUCCGAGAACUAUCCGCAAGCACGCCUUCGUUGCAAUAUCCUCCUCCGCCUUUACCCUACGAUCAAGAUAUUGCCAUAACCAUCCCGCACAGGCGUUCAGUGCCUCAACAUGCCCCCGGUCCCGCUUUCUCUUCUCCUAUGGCCCCUAAGCAUGUGCCGGUUGCACAUCCUUCCGCGAUCAUGCCAGGGUCUCUCCCAUUAUCUGCUACCCCUUCCGAUUCAACAGUUGUAGCCGCCGAACGCCCUGGGUCUGAAGCCCUCUCUCGUGGGUCAUCUGGUUUCUCACAUCAGUCCUGGGCAACGGAGCCCGUUCGAUCCCCACCUCGCUUCUCGCCAGCAUCUAGCUUCGCGCAGCCUACUGACAUCACGCGCAGUCCAACCCCACUGCAUCAGCAUCAACAAGCCCUUUCCACCGGCGGAAGCUGGCCUUCUGACCAAGCUUUCUCAAGCAGCGCCAGCGCAAUCCAAUCAGACAACCUCUACCCACCAUCAACCCAUCGAAGACUAGGCUCAGUGGACGAACGUCUCAGACACAUGGAUAUCUCCUGGGAUCCAGAGGUUGCCGCACAAGUCUUACAUUUCGGGGGGCACCGCGUCGAUGUUCGUGAUGCGCGACAGAGACUACAAGAGGUAGGGCGACUACAGACACCGAGGCAUAUGCCUACAUAUCAACUUUACCAUUCGAAUAUGUCGGGGCCUUUGGAUCCUGAUGGGCAUGUUUAUGCCCCGGCGCUGGCGCUGGAGGUUUAUGGGAUGCGGCCGAGGAGUGGGAGUUCCCCGUCGAGACCGAAUUAUAACGGGCUGGGUGUGCAGUUUAAUGAUCGUGUUUUUGAUUGA